CGAGUCCCUCCCCGCUGGCCCUGCAUGUCCUCCUGGCGCCUUCAAUUUCCACGGGGGCGUUAACCUCGCCAGGAUGCGCUGGAGCGCGGCGCCAGCAGCAGUGUCUAGAAGUUUUGGAUUUACGAUUAUAUUUUGUCGUUCGGUGCUCGUAGCUUUAUUUUCCAUGACAGAUCUUGACGACAGUACAUGCAAAAAGUACAUAAAAAUGAUUGCCAACAUAGUAAUAUUGAGCCUGAUCAUUUGCAUUUCCCUAGCGUUCUGGAUUACAUCGGUGACUGCCAGCACCUAUUACGGUAACUUGCGGCCCGUUUCUCCUUGGCGUUGGCUGUUUUCUGUUGUUGUUCCUGUUCUGAUCGCGUGUAAUGGCUUUAAAAAGAAAAGUCUAGACCACAGUGGGGCUUUAGGAGGGCUGGUGGUUGGAUUUAUCUUGACCAUUGCGAACUUCAGCUUUUUUACCUCUUUGCUGAUGUUUUUCCUUUCAUCUUCAAAGCUCACUAAAUGGAAAGGAGAAGUGAAGAAGCGUCUAGAUUCAGAAUAUAAGGAAGGAGGGCAGAGGAAUUGGGUUCAGGUAUUCUGUAAUGGAGCCGUGCCCACAGAGCUGGCCCUCCUCUACAUGAUAGAAAAUGGCCCCGGGGAAAUACCCAUCGAUUUUGCCAAGCAGCACACUGCCUCCUGGAUGUGUCUAUCUCUCUUGGCUGCGCUGUCCUGCUCUGCUGGAGACACCUGGGCUUCUGAAGUUGGCCCAGUUCUGAGCAAAAGCUCACCUCGGCUAAUAACAACCUGGGAGAAAGUUCCAAUUGGAACCAAUGGAGGAGUCACAGUGGUGGGACUUGCCUCCAGUCUCCUUGGUGGUACCUUCGUGGGCCUGGCCUACUUCCUUACACAGUUGUUGUUUGUGAAUGAUUUAGACAUUUCUGCUCCCCAGUGGCCCAUUAUUGCAUUUGGAGGUGUGGCUGGGUUACUAGGAUCAAUUGUGGACUCAUACUUAGGGGCAACAAUGCAGUUUUCUGGUCUGGAUGAACGCACUGGCCUGGUGGUCAGUAGCCCCACCCAGGAGACCAAGCACAUAUCAGGGAAACCCAUUCUGGACAACAAUGCCGUGAAUCUCUUUUCCUCAGUGUUGGUAGCCCUCUUACUCCCAACUGCUGCCUCUGGGCUUUGGCCCAAUGAGUGAACUUUCUAACUGGUUGAUACUGGCUAUUGAUUUAAAACUUGAUUGGGCCGGGUGUGGUGGCGCACGCUUUUGUUCCCAGCACUCUGGAGGCAGAGGCAGAAGCAGAAGCAGGCGGAUCUCUGUGAAUUCAAGGCCAGCCAGGUAAAUCCAGGACAAAGUGAGUCCAGGACAACCAAGGUUCUGUUACACAGAGAAUCCCUGUCUCGAAAAACCAAAAUAAAUAAAUGAAUGAAUGAAUAAAUGACUAAAACUUGAUUGGAUCUGGGGAGAAAAUGAAUCUGUGAUGCUCUUAGUCCUGAAACCAUCAACUCAGCUAGCUGAGACCACUGGCUUUCAACCUCAGGCUCCCUUCAGAAGUGCCUGGAAAUGGUGUAGAAAAGCCCUUAUGCCUGUGGUCCAGUUCUGGAACUGAGUUUUAAAGCUCUUCGCGUGAGAACAGUGUCCAGAUUUUCAGCCACUGUUGGCAAGGCACGGUUUCAAACCAGGUAGUUCAGACAGCCCUGUGCUCUCCUUGUGUGUGGCCUACUCCAUAUUGGAGUCUUUUUUGAACUCUGUCUGUUGUCUGGUGAGGAUGAGAGCCACUGGAGCAGAAUGUCCUAAGGCACUGCUGAGAGGACCUUCAGAACAAUGGGACUUGGUUUUUAGCAGAAUGGCUACUGGCCAUCGUGCUGUGAGCCCUCAGCUACCGCUUCUGACCUGUGCAGUGUUGCAUAGCUCCAUCCCGUACCAGACCGUUUCCAGGUCAGUUUGCGCAGCCCACACAUGGUUGUAACAUACUUUUUCUCCUUCACUGGACAUUCAUCCUCAUGAUGUAUUAUGGACAAAAAUCCUUUGGGCAGCCAGUUCUGAGUCUGGUGUAAUCAUUGUAUCCUUAAGAGUUCGGGAAGACAAGGGACUGGAGAGACUCCAGGUGAGAAUAUGCACUGUUCUUGCAGGGGACCUGUGUUUAAUUCCCAGCACCCACAUAGGGGGGCUCACACCCUUCUGUAAUUCCAGUUCCAGAGAGAUGCAAUGCCCCUGGAUUCUCAGGCACCUGUACUAACCUGCACAUGCCCACACAUAGACACACAGAUGCAUACACACACACACACACACACACACGCACGCAUGCGCGUGCACACACCUUUUCAUGAACGCAUGCAUGCCUGUGCUAAUAAAUAGUACAAAUAUAAAAACAAAACUAAAAGCCCAGUUAGAAGCUCACUGUCAAAUAUACUACUGGCUUUAUUGUGAACUAUGAACAGCCCCACUAAUUUUGAUAGCCAAUUUUGAUAAUUGGCUCCAAAGAUAUAAAGAACCUCAGGUCAAAUGAAACUUGAAAAGAAAUUGUUUUCACAUUUACAAGUAUAUGAUUGUAGUUCAAUGGUUUCUUAAAUCUACAGAUACAUAUUUUCCUAUAAGUCCUUCUUUCCUUUCUUCCUGCCUUCCUUCCCCCCCCCCCCAUGUUUUCUAUCCCUAGGCUGGCCUUGAACUCACUGUGUAGCUGAGGAUGACUAUGAACUCCUGAUACCCCAGCCUCUACCUCCCAAGCACUGGAAUUUUUGGCAUGUACCACUACGCCCAGCUCAGCAUCUUUUAUAAUUAAAUUUUUAAUUCAACCUACUGUUUCCUUUAUGGAUUUGACAGUUGGGAAGUCCUCCCCUGAUAUGCUAAGAUGAUACAAGCUGCCUAGCUACUGCUCUGAUUCUUUGAAGUAGUGGCUGCUCGGCUCCUGAAGGGAGUCCUCAAGAGCAGCAUGGUGAAAACACAGUGGACGGAGCCAUCUGGAGAGCAGUGAAUUAACACAGCAAAUCAUUUUGUCAUUGGACUUUCUCAUCUCUUUACUUCGUGCCUCAUGUAUUUCUGAUUUCUAGUUGUCAUCUAUCUAUGUAGUGUACUGGCUGUAGAAAUGGCAACCCCCACCUUGGUUUAUUAUUAUGAUAAACCUCAGUUUGUUUGUUUGUUUGUUUAUUAUUAGACUUUAGUCUGAUAAAGUAAAAAUCGUGUGAUGUGAGGUGUCCGGAAA